CCAGAGUGGGAAAAAUGUUGUUGUACGAUGCAAUUACUGCCUUCCAAGGAUCAAAAAUCUGAGAUCAGCUGUUUCCUCCUCAUCCAAUGUGAAGAAACAUUUUGAGAGGGCACACCCUGAGAAGCUGAGAGCAAUUGAAGAAGCAAUAAAGGCAAGGAGACGUGGCCUUCCUGAACCAAUGCAUGACACCCCUCCUCCCAAAAUGCUGAAGCAGCAGCAGACAACCCUUGAGAGGUGGGGAUCUGGCAGGGAGCCUGUCACCCAGAGCAGUCUCGACAGGAGAAUCAUUGAUUUCAUUGUAGAGGAGACAUUACCACUUCAGACUGUGGACAAACCAUCAUUCAUUAAUCUGGUUCGCAUUGGACUCCCCAAAGAUCUCACCAUCAUAUGUGCCAAGACUCUGAGAGACAGAAUUGAGAAGAGAGCAUGCCACAUGAGAGAAACUCUUGCAAACCGAAUGGGUGCUGUGGCAUAUAUAGCAACCACUGCAGAUUGUUGGACCAAUGGCAAGAAGAGUUACUUUGGGGUAACAGCCCACUGGAUCAACCCAACUACCCUGAAACGUGAGGUCGGGGCCUUGGCUUGUAAGCGUCUGAAGGGGUGCCAUACAUACGAUGUCCUUUCAAAAGCACUGCAUGAUGUACAUGUGCAGUACAGGAUCCACAACAAAGUUAUGUGCACUACUACAGACAAUGGCUCCAACUUUGUGAAAGCGUUCAGAGUUUUCAUGGCCAAAGAACCAGUGGAAGCUGCAGGCACCAGUGACGAUGAUGGUGAUAACCAGGAAGAGGAGGUGCUCUGCACUUUCCUUGCAAGAGAGGCCUCCAUGAAAUUUGAGAACUGCCAGCUUGUGGCCCCCGUUAUUAAGGAUGAGACCGAUGUGGAGCCCUGCUGCUGGAUGACCAACCAGCAGCACCGUGAUGCCGAGGAGGCGCUAGACAUCUUCGAGGUGCCCGACCUCAUCACCGGCAAGCCACCCCCCAAACCCAACAAUGACAAUGAGCUGGCCGCCAAGCACCUGGGCAUCGAGUACGUGGGUGCCAUCGGUGCCUCCUCCUCCUCCGCUGCCAAUGGCUCCCCCCUCAACGGCAAGGGCGGCUGA